AUGUCAUCGGAAUCAACUGGUGUCGUUGGUAAAUGGAAAAUAAUUGAUUAUUCACCACAUCCAGAAUGUGUCGAUUGUGAAUUUAAAAUAGAGAGUGACGAGGAAAAUAAGUAUCGUCUUCAUGCAUCCGUAAUUAAUUCAAUUAAUUGUUGUUUGGAACAUAAUCCAGAAAAUGAUGAAUGGAAAUCUUCUGGCAUCGCAUCAACAAUGAUGGGCGGUUCACAAGAAGACAUGGAAAAAGAACAGUUCGUAAGUGAUUUAAUCACUAAUAUUCAAUGUUUGAAAGUUGAAGAUGAACAACAUUUAAUUAUUCAAACAAAAAAUUGUGAACAAGCUCGAUUCGAACGUGUUGCAGUUUAA